CAGUACCACACUUCCUCCCUCCUCCCUAUACUUUCUCUCCCUCCCUCCCCCACUUUCUCUCUCUCUCUCUCUCUCUCUCUCACUCGUCGCUCUUCCUGCCGGGCUGCUGCUUUGCGCGCUGCGGGGCCACACUGCGACCGCACCGAGGAGGAAGAGGAGAAAGCCGCGGACCAACAGGGGGGCCAGCCUGAGGCAGAGCGGCGGAGAGGCGCAAUUUAAAAGAAGAAGAAAAAGCAGAAGAGGAGGGUUCGAGCGCGCCGUCACCACACGGAUAAAAAAAAAAUCCUCCUCCUAAGAAGCAGCAGCAGCAGCAGCAGCAGCAGAAGGCGGAGACGCGUCACACCGCGCUCUUCCUCCCUCCAUCUCUCUGCUCCGCUUUUCAGGGGAAUCGAACCACAGGAAGAAAAAAAACGAGAGGAGGACGAAUAGAGAGAGAAAAAAAAAAUCUUGUUGGGGAAUCUCGGAGCGCAAAACGACGAACGGCGCGGUGUUGGAAACCUCCCCCCCUCCCCUCCCGGACCAGGGCCGAUUCUCCGUUUUCUAGCAGCCAGCUCGGCGCGGCGACACCAUGAAGGACCGUACGGCGGAACUGCGAAGUGCUAAGGACAGUGAUGAUGAUGAGGAGGUGGUGCAGGUCGACAGGGACCACUUCAUGGAUGAGUUCUUUGAACAGGUGGAGGAGAUCAGAGGCUGUAUAGAGAAGCUGUCGGAGGAUGUGGAGCAGGUCAAGAAGCAGCACAGCGCCAUCCUGGCCGCACCCAACCCUGACGAAAAGACCAAGCAGGAGUUGGAGGACCUCACAGCUGACAUCAAGAAGACAGCCAAUAAAGUUCGCUCAAAAUUAAAAGCAAUCGAGCAGAGCAUCGAGCAGGAGGAGGGUCUCAACAGAUCAUCAGCGGACCUCAGGAUCCGCAAGACACAGCACUCGACGCUGUCACGUAAGUUUGUGGAGGUGAUGACUGAGUACAACACCACGCAGUCCAAGUACCGUGACCGCUGCAAGGACCGCAUCCAGAGACAGCUGGAGAUCACUGGGAGAACCACCACCAACGAGGAACUAGAGGAUAUGUUGGAGAGUGGCAAGCUGGCCAUCUUCACCGAUGAUAUCAAAAUGGACUCUCAAAUGACCAAGCAGGCUCUUAACGAAAUCGAGACCCGACACACCGAGAUCAUCAAGCUGGAAAACAGUAUCCGCGAGCUGCACGACAUGUUCGUCGACAUGGCCAUGCUGGUCGAGAGCCAGGGAGAGAUGAUUGACAGAAUUGAGUACAACGUGGAACACUCCGUGGACUACGUGGAGCGAGCUGUGUCCGACACCAAGAAGGCCGUCAAAUACCAGAGCCAGGCCCGCAAGAAGAAGAUCAUGAUCAUCAUCUGCUGCGUCAUCCUCGGCGUGGUCCUGGCGUCGACCAUCGGCGGCACGCUGGGCUUCUAAGACGCUCACGCCCCCCUGCCGCUGUGACGACCGAAAACCGACCAACCGUCCGACCGCCAGCAGAGAAAAAGAAAAACACCAUCGACAACAACUUCACAAAAACUUGAAACAAAAAUGCAAGACAGAUAACCAAUCAGCUAGGAAGAGAUAACAAUCCAAUCACAGAUAGGAGGAAACACCGCAGGGUUGGGUGGGGUUCAAAAAACAACGACAAAAAAAACCACAAUAAAAACACCAUUACAUUAUAGCUGACUUAAAUACAUAACAUAUACAAAAAGAGGGUACAAAUAAACCUAUUUAUUACAGAUGUACAUGUAAAUGUAUUGAACAUAUGAAGCAACACAUGGGUUACCUACCUGUAAAAAAAAAAUAUGACCUAUAAUAUAACAUAUACUUGUUUGUUUGUUUUGCUUUUUUUUCUUAUUUUUUAACCGUUUUUUUUUCUUUUUUUGGAGUCUCCGAGGACAGUGAUGAUGACUGCUUCUGGGUGGGAGUUCUGUAGGAUGGGCAUUCCAGAGCUAACGUCUUAUUUGUUUUGUUUUUUUCACUUUUCUUGCUUUGAUUUAAUCGUCGUAGAACUGAGCGCAUUCUUAAUAAAUGUUCUCAGAUUUUAAACGUAAAGACAAAAUCUAUGACAGCUCCGGCAGAACAUUCUGGGGCUCUCGAGCCCUGUGCGCUACAUGAGGGAACAAUCUGUUUCCGGAAUACUGACAGAACACGGCGAGGUUCCGGAAUGCUGUCAAUUGAGGAAUAUUAUGGAAUGUCAUUAGUGAUUCUGCAAUGUUCCAGAAUGUCAUCUGUAUUUAUGGAAUAUUCUGGAAUCCUGUAAGUAAUGCUGGAAUGUUCUGGAAUGCUGCCCUGCCGGACGAGCACCCACUGGCUUAAGUAGAACCAACUUUGUUACCUUGUCUCUAUGAGGGAGGGACGAACCUGGCUGUUUGCUUCAGCCACCCUUUGUAGAAGACCUCUCAUUGGUUGCUUACUCCUGUCACUCACCUCAGUCAGCCUGUUAAAGGAGUUUAGAAUGGCAUGCCCAAACCUGCAACACAGUGUGUAAAAUCACAAGAAAAAAAAAAAAAUGACACGCACCCACUGAACUGUUUUUCACAACCAGCCGACUGGUUUGGAAAACACCAUGUGGUGAGGGGGGUGUCAUUAGCAGUGGCAGGUUUCCAUGACAACAACCUCCCCUUCUUGACGCACCUAUCCGACCAAAGAGCAAGGGGAGGGAGGGCCCAGUUUUUUUUCUGCUGAAUUAGAUUGACCAACGGCAGAGAACGCGAACUUGACCGACAGGAGAACGGUGGAGAGGAGGAGGAUGGUUUAGAGGAGUGUGGGAGGAGAAGGGCAGUCAAUCUAUGCAGUUUAGAUAAAAUGAAGACGACUUGUCCCGCCUCCCGCACUCAAGAUAGCCAGUGAGGAUCGGUGGUUCAAGUUCCAGCACCAGUAGGGUCAUUACAUAAGGCGAUGUAGAAGUGAGUCAGGGCUGAUUGUCAUGUCCGAGCUGUCACGGCUGUUCUUCCAGAGGAUUCUUAAAAAUGAAGAGAACACAUUAAAAAGUACAGAAUAAACGAUAAACUAAAACAUAGCAUUUCAAAAAACCAACAAGCUAGACAAUUUGAACAGAAGAUGUAGAAACUCUGAAGAUGCUGGCAUGCCCUGGUUACCUGAGUGUCGUGGUAAUAUUGUUGAUUUUUCAUUCUUUAUGGGGAACAUUUGUUGCUUCGUUGUUCCGUGGUGCUGCUGUUUUAGUGCGUGCAUGACGUGUCCCGUGACGUAUCAGCCUGACAUCAUUUAGCAGUUACUGUUCAGUCUGGUUUGGUGCAUUUGCCUGUGUCCUCCCGGCAUCCCUCCAUCUCCUGACUGAGUGUGUGUUUGGACAUUGUGGUAUUUGAUUUAUCAGUUUAAUUGCCUCAGUUAAACAGGUGCUACUUAACAGAAGAGGCAUUUCCUGUUGGUGGAUUGUCUGUGUGGACGGCGGAAUAUGUGACACACACACACAUUCACAUAUUUACACAACAUAGAACAUGCUUGAACGCCUCAUACAUGUAACAUUUCACACAGACACGCUGAUUAUUCUCCCUUAAUGAACACAUUAUUUACUUAUUUGUGUCACACAUCUUGCCAGUGCUUAUUUUGGACUAGUUAACUAGCAUGAUAUAGCGUUAGCUUGUGUACUGUGUGGCACAUAUAGCUGCUUGUCGAAGAUUGAUCCUGAGUUUUUUGUUCUUGUUUUAAUGCUUAAUAUCAAAGACACUUUCUGCGUGUCUGAGCAGUGUUGGGGAAAGAAUAAUGAAACUUGAAAAAUGAAAGUGGAACUGUGAAAACUAGUUCUUGACGAAGACAAAAUCAUCUAAAAAACAGUUUCACGUGCUGUUUUUAACACUGCAUCUCAAAAUGAAGUUAGCCUUUCUUUUCAAAUUCAAUCUGCCAACGACAGCAGAACAUUUGGGAAUAGGCUAGUUAGCUAGUUAGCUAGUAAAA